AAAAAAAAGAAAAAGAGAGAAAAAGAAACUACACCAUCUCUCUAAGGGAGUGUCUAAUCGUUAGAAUCGAAGGUCUUGUUUAACGUUCAGGAAUGUCAGCUGGCAACGACAACGGAGAUCGGCUCACCCAGUUCAAAAACAAAGGGAAAGAUGUGAAUGAUCUAAGGCGCAGGAGGGCAGAAGUCAACGUGGAGCUGCGUAAAGCGAAGAAGGAUGAUCAGAUCCUGAAGAGGAGAAACGUCCAGACCCUCCUGGACGAGCCCACCUCUCCUCUCCAUGAUUCAGACCCCAAUGCACAGCCUCCUCAGCACUGGACUGUGGAGGAGAUUGUAGAUGGUAUAAACAGCCAAAAUCUAGAUCAUCAGCUGCAGGCCACGCAGGCAGCCAGGAGGCUCCUCUCAAGAGAAAAGCAUCCACCCAUUGACAACAUCAUUACUGCCGGCCUCAUCCCGAGGUUUGUUAGUUUUCUGGCACUGUCUGAUUGCCCCCCCAUCCAAUUCGAGGCAGCCUGGGCUCUGACCAACAUCGCCUCAGGAAACUCAGACCAGACCACUGCUGUGGUGGAUGGAGGGGCCAUCCCUGCCUUCAUCAUCCUGGUGGCAUCCCCCCACCCACACAUCAGCGAGCAGGCCAUUUGGGCCCUGGGUAACAUUGCAGGUGAUGGAUCCAACUACCGAGACCUAGUGAUCAAAGAUGGCGGUCUCAAUCCACUCCUCGCCUUGCUGUCAGUUCCUGACUUGUCUGUGUUUCCUUCUGGGUACUUGCGCAAUGUCACCUGGACGCUCUCCAACCUGUGUCGGAACAAGAACCCGGCCCCUCCUCUGGCGGCGGUGCAGCAGCUGCUCCCAGCCCUGGUGCGCCUCCUUCACCAUGAUGACAGGGAGAUCCUGGCCGAUACCUGUUGGGCCGUGUCCUACCUGACUGACGGCUCCAACGAGAGGAUAGAGGUGGUGGUGCAGGCCGGCCUGGUGCCCCGCCUGGUGCAGCUGCUGGCCUGUGGAGAGCUCUCCGUUGUGGUAAGUGUGGUGUUGAGAUUGGUCAUGUCAAAAGUAAAUGUUAUUUGUAACGGACUUUAGUGCAUUAUACAUUAA